AUGCUAAGAUCACAUUUAGGCAUGGGAUCUCGGAUGCUCGCCAAGAUAACCAUCACACCAAGGGCGUACUCAUCUGCGGCUGCCGCAGCAAGCGGGGGACAUAUCAUCAAGACGUUCUUCAAUAGGGACUCGACUACAAUCACAUUUUCCAUGGAGGAGUCUAGUAAGCCGGUUUCCGUUUGUUUUAACAACGUCUUCCUUAGGGAUGCGUCGCACGGUGCCAAGCUGGUCACUACGGGGGAGCUGUACCAUAACGAAAAAUUGACCGCUCCUCAGGACAUCCAGAUCUCUCAGGAUGGGAAAUCUCUGGUGGUGAAGUGGCAAGACGGCGGCCAUCAUCGGUUCCCCCUCCAAUUCUUCGUUGACUAUAAAGGUUCCAGUUUUGUUUCCCCAGCAACAAGAAAACAGGAAUCUAAGUACAAACCUCAGUUGUGGAACAAGCACAUCUUGAAAAAUAAUGUCAAAGACCUGCUCUCCGUGAACUAUAACGAGUUCAUUGACCCCAAGGACGACUCAAAGCUUUUCCAAACGCUGGUCAAUCUACAGAAAUUCGGCAUCACUUUCAUCUCCGGUACCCCCUCAUCUUCUUCCGAGGGUCUUACCAUACAGAGGAUAUGUGAAAGGAUCGGACCCAUAAGAUCGACCGUACACGGUGAAGGUACGUUUGGUGUGAAUGCGUCGCAGGCGACCAGUGUCAACGCCCAUUAUGCCAAUAAACACUUACCAUUGCAUACAGAUAUGCCGUUUUUGGAAAACGUGCCAGGUUUCCAGAUUCUACAAUCCUUACCCACUAUUGGAGGGGAAGACCCCAGCACCAGGCCCAUGAACUACUUUGUGGACGCAUUUUAUGCCACACGUAAUGUUAGAGAAUCGGAUUUCGAAGCUUACGAGGCUUUGCAGAUCGUUCCUGUAAAUUAUAUUUAUGAAAACGGCGAUAAGAGAUAUUACCAAUCCAAACCUCUAAUCGAACAUCACGACAUCAACGAAGACAACACUCUGCUAGGAAAUUAUGAGAGUUUAAUCAAAUGCAUCAAUUACUCCCCCCCAUAUCAAGCACCCUUCACCUUUGGUAUUUACGACAAGCCAUCGGACUUGAAUACAAAUCCAGAUUUGAAUUUGAUUACUACGCCGGCGAAGUUAACAGAGAGAUUUUUGUUCAAGUCCUUCAUUAGAGGGCUGAACGUCUUCGAAAGCCACAUCAAUGACUUCAAAAAUCAGUUUAGACUGCAGUUGCCGGAAAACUGUUGCGUCAUCUUCAACAACAGGAGAGUCUUGCAUGCCAACUCUUUGACAAACUCAAACCAGCAAUGGCUGAAGGGUUGCUAUUUCGACUCGGACACUUUCAAGAGCAAGUUGAAGUUCUUGGAAGAGAAAUUCCCUCAUGACAAAUAA